AUGUCGCCGGAGAAGAUCGGCGAGGCGCCGCGGCGGUCGGUCCGCGCCGCCGCCGCCGCCAGGAAGGUCCGGAGCUAUGACGAGGCGGCGCUGGACGACCUGCUCCAGGAGCACAUCGGGCCGGCGAAUCUCCGGCGGCGGCGCAACCGGACGCUGGAGGAGAGGGAGAGGGAGACGGAGACGGAGGCGAUGAUCGCGCUCUCCCUGGGGUUCCCCAUCGACGCCCUCACCGAGGAGGAGCUGCGCGUCGGUGUGCUCCCCUCCGGCGCCAACCAGAACGACUACAUCGUCCUCCGCAACCACAUCCUCGCCCGGUGGCGGGAGGACGUUCGCUCGUCCCUCACCAAGCCGCGCAUCAGGGAGACGGUGAGCGCAGAGUACGACGCACUGAUGUGCCGCGCCUUCGAUUUCCUCCUCGAACAGGGAUAUAUCAACUUCGGCGUUUUGCCGGCGGCGCGGUCGCGAAGCUCGGCGGAGGAGCACCCGAACCGAUCGGUGGUCGUCGUCGGAGCGGGGCUGGCAGGGCUGGCGGCGGCUGGGCAGCUGCUGAGCUUUGGAUUCAAGGUGCUCGUCCUGGAAGGGAGGGGCAGGCCGGGGGGGAGAGUCUACACGCAGAAGAUGGCCGGUCCCGGCGGCGCCGCCGUCGCCGUCGACCUCGGGGGGAGCGUCAUCACUGGCAUCCACGCUAACCCGCUCGGAGUCCUGGCGAGGCAGCUGGGCGUGCCGCUGCACAACAUCAGGUGGGAGAAUUGCCCGCUGUACGGCCCCGACGGCGCCGCCGUCGACCAGAAGCUGGACGCGGCGGUAGACUCCGUCUUCAACAAGCUCCUGGAGAAGGCCUCCCAGCUGAGGGAGAGGAUCGGGGAGUCCGCCGGCGACAUCUCCCUGGGAUCCGCCAUGGAGACUCUGCGGAGGCUGUACGGCGUCGCGAAGAGCCACGAGGAGAGGGAGCUCCUCGACUGGCACCUCGCCAACCUCGAGUACGCCAACGCGGGGUGCCUAUCGGACCUCUCGCUGGCGUACUGGGACCAGGACGACCCCUACGAGAUGGGCGGCGACCACUGCUUCCUUGCUGGAGGGAACUGGAGGCUGAUCCACGCAAUGGCCGCCGACGUCCCCAUCUUGUACGGGAAGACGGUGACGAGCAUCAGGCACGGGGACUCCGGCGUGGAGGUCGUCGCCGGAGACCAGCGCUUUCUGGCGGACAUGGCGCUCUGCACGGUCCCGCUGGGCGUACUGAAGAGCGGCGCCCUGAGCUUCGACCCUCCACUGCCGCCUCGGAAGCUGGAGGCCAUCGCCAGGCUGGGCUUCGGUCUGCUGAACAAGAUCGCCAUGGUGUUUCCCUACGCCUUCUGGGGAGAGGACACGGACACCUUCGGCUGCUUGAACCAGGAGAGUCGCCGGCGCGGGGAGUUCUUCCUCUUCUACUGUUAUCACACCGUCGCCGGAGGCCCCGUCAUCAUCGCCCUGGUCGCCGGAGAGGCCGCCGUCGGCUUUGAGAAAGCUGAUCCUGUUACCUCCCUCCACCGCGUUCUCGGCGUCCUUCGAGGUAGUAAAACCCGUCUGCUAGCUCCAGCCCUUGGUCCUCUUCCUCUGCUCCGCUGACCCUUGUGCCAUGUCUUUCCUCUGCAGGCAUCUGCAGCCGGAAGGGCAUCCAUGUGCCGGACCCGAUUCAGACGGCCUGCACGAGAUGGCGGAGCGAUCCCCUCUGCCGUGGCUCCUACUCCCACAUCAGGGUCGGCUCCUCCGGCAGGGACUACGACGUUCUCGCAGAGAACGUCGGAGGGCGGCUGUUCUUCGCCGGCGAGGCCACCAGCCGGCAGUACCCGGCCACCAUGCACGGCGCUUUUCUGAGCGGGCUGCGGGAGGCCGCCUCCAUCCUCCGCGUCUCGGGGAGCAGAGCCGCGGCGCAGAUGGAGGUGAAGAAGUGCCUGCAUAGGAGCUCGAAGCUCUGCCAUGGCGUCCUCGCGGAUCUGUUCCGGAAACCCGACCUCUCCUCGGGGAACUUCUCCUUCGUCUUUGAUCCCUCGCAGGCGGACGACCCCAGGGCCGUGGGGCUGCUGAGGAUCACCAUCCCGCUGGCCAUCGCCGGAGCCCUAACCCCCUCAUCAGCCCUGCAUCUGUACACAUUCGUCUCCAGAGAGCAGGCGGAGGAGCUGCAACUGGUGAGCGGAGAAGAUGCCGCGAGACUCUCCCUGCUGUGCAAGGAUUUCAGACUGAAGCUGAUGGGCCGGAGCAGCCUGUGCGACCUGGGAAGCUCCCUGAUCACCGCCAUCGACCACGCUCGCCGAGGACGGCGGCGCAGGCUCCGACCUGCCGACGCCGCAGCUCAGACUUCCGCCUCAGAAACAGACUCCUGA